AUGGCGCCGCGGCCGCUGAGCCCCUUGGUGCUGGCGCUGGGUGGCGCGGCGGCCGUGCUCGGCUCGGUGCUCUUCAUCCUCUGGAAGACCUACUUCGGCAGCGGACGGGAGCGGCGCUGGGACGGAGGCGAGGCCUGGUGGGGCGCUGAGCCGGCCGGCCUUCCACAGUGGGACGAGUGGGACCCCGAGGACGAGGAGGACGUGGAGCCGGCGCUGGAGGAGCUGGAGCAGCGCGAGGUGUUGGUGCUGGGGCUGGACGGCUCCGGGAAAAGCACAUUCCUGCGCGUGCUGGCGGGGAAGCCACCGCUGGAAGGCCACAUCCCCACCUGGGGCUUCAACUCCGUGCGGCUGCCCACCAGGGACUUCGAGGUGGACCUGCUGGAGAUCGGUGGCAGCCAGAAUCUGCGCUUCUACUGGAAGGAGUUUGUGAAUGAAGUGGACGUGCUGGUGUUCAUGGUGGACUCGGCUGACCGGCUGCGGCUGCCGUGGGCCCGACAGGAGCUGCACAAGCUGCUAGACAAGGACCCUGACCUGCCUGUUGUGGUGGUGGCCAACAAGCAGGACCUGAGUGAAGCCAUGAGUAUGGUGGAGCUGCAGCAGGAGCUGGGUCUGCAGGCCGUCGACAGCCAGCGGGAAGUUUUCCUCUUGGCGGCCAGCAUCGCCCCUGCAGGAACCAGCUUUGAAAAUCCAGGCACGGUGCACAUCUGGAAACUGCUCCUGGAGCUUCUCUCCUAG